UGUGUUUGGACUCGGUGGUUUGGUGAGCAGGUAGCAGAGGAGCUCUUUUAUUCAGUCAGAUAUGAAUACGCUUGGGCUGCUGCUUUCGGCUUACUUCGUCUGCAAGCUUGCUGUCGCAGGAAAUGCAGAGGUAAAAAAGGUGUUAGCUAGAACACUUGUGUCAUAUUCCACCUAUGUGAGCCCAAGUGUUGGCUGGGUAUUUUUUUUACAUUGCGUCAGUGUAUGAAAUUGUCCACUGUGGCUUCUGUUACCAUUGAGUUAUUCUGUAAUGUUGCAUUUUUCUUUUGGAGAUAUGAGGUUUGCAUGGCACUAAUGGUCUUAUGUCAUUUUACUGUAUGAAUUCAUUUACUUUAAUUUGCACUCAUUGCUGACAGAUGUGGAAAUGCACAUGCACAGCUUGUCUACUCCCUGUCAAUUGUUACAGAAUAGGACUAUCUGGAGCAAAUAAACAUGAAUGUAUGGACACCAUGUAAUUCCAGGCUUGAACUACUGUGAUAUAAAGUACCCCCAGCAUUGAGUCAUGGAGCAGUGUCACUAUAAUCUCUAUAGGGGUGGGCAAUAUGGUAAAAAUAUUACAUCACAAAAUUUGAAAACAUUUUCCCAUUACACAAUACCUUAUGUAAGUUGUGACAGAAAAUCACACUAACAAACAUGUGAAAUGUAGGCGUCCAGCAGCAACAGCACAAUAGAAUAAGAAACAUAUUAAACAUAAAUUAAAACACAGAAGAAUAGAAAAUAUAUAAGGCUAUUAAAAAUGUAUUAUACAACGUAAAGGUCUAUAUGUAAACAAAGCAGUGCAGUAGGUGUUGCUAAUGGUCAUUAAAUAAUUAACAGAGCAAAAUGCAAGGUGCAAUGACAUUGAUUAUAAAAGUGACUGAUGUGUCAUAGAAAUAUAAAUAUAAAUAUGCAUAUCUUACUAUCCCACACUGGGAGACCAGUGAUUUUUUUUUUAUUACAUCUCACUUAAUCCAGUUAAAUUAUACUAAUAAAACUCUCUGCAAUGAAAUGUGCAGUUUGCUCCAUGUCCUUUAAGCACUGAUGAUAUCUUUACUGUGUUUCAAAAAGUAGAUUGUUAAUAUGAUAAAGUUCAUCACAAUAAAAUAGAAAGAAAGUUUAAAUUUGAGAGUUGGGAGUUGAGGGAAAGUGUAGAUUAAGUAACGUGGUGAUUAUCUAAGAUCCUUAACCUAAGUGAAUGCAAUCAAAUGUUCACAAUAAUUCCACAGAAUCUAGCAUGCGUCCCAGUACUUUUGUCUAUGUAGUGUUGAUCAUAAAGUAAAAAGUUUCUUAGUUUUUAAAAUAUAUAAGAUUUUACUGUAGAAACUCCAGAUCAUAUGAGGUUAAUUAGAGGCAGAGAGACAAGUAAUUCAAGUUGAACAAGGAAAAAAUGCAACGUGCUCAAACACACACUCUCUUUCAUUUUCCACAUUGCAUCCACAAUGUCCCAUGCACAUGAGGGAAAAUGAAGAAACAUUACUGUUUAUUCUUCUGCUUCCAUCUUCUCCAGAUAUCUACUGGUGAAUUUCACUCCUUCAGUUUCUUCUUCAUUGCAACUCAAGGCCUCAACUUUCCCAGUUAUAUUGAGAGAGUUACGGUGGAUGAUGUGACCAUGUUUUACUACGACAGCAGCAUGACUGUAGAACCCCUCUGUCCUCAAUGGCUCAAUACUACAGAAGGUCUGCAGCAAUGGAAGAACAUGAAUGACAGAGCGAAAUACAACACUACAACACUAACACAUCACUAUCUUUCUUCAGCUCUCGAGUCAAUCGUAAAGCAGUUCAACCAGACAGACUUUUCAUCAGAAACCAACAUCUACCAGGGCUACAGUCAUUGUAACAUCUUUCCAAAUGGGACUCGGAAGGCCGCUUUUACACAAGCAUUCAGAGGAAAGGACUUCUUUAGUUUGGAUAUUGACAGAAAGACUUACGUAGCAUCUGUUCCACAAGCAGUUGUGUACAAAAGGCAAAGGGAGGCAAAUACAGUCUUACUAGAAACUGUUGUGUCCUUCUACAGAACAACCUGUUUUGAGCGCUUAAAGAUGUUCCUAGAGCAUGCUCCUGAAGUCAGAGUGAAAAAAGUUCCAGAAGUCAGGCUUUUUGAGAGAGCUGAAUCCAGCUCCUCUGUCCUCACGUGUCAUGUGACUGGGUUCAAACCCAAGCAAGUGCAGGUGGAGUGGAUAGGAGCAGGUCUGCAGCCUGUGGAUGGAGAGAUUACCGACGUGCUUCCUAAUGGGGACGGCACUUAUCAGACCAGAAGGAGUGUGAUUAGACCCGAGGAGAACCCAGAGAAACACUCCUACAGCUGUGUAGUGCAGCACAGCAGCAUAGCAGGAAAUAUCACCAAAACAUGGGUUGCAGAGGAACACUCUUUGUUGGCGGUUUGGAUUUCUCUUGUCUGCAUUUUGGUCAUCAUUGGAACUGGGCUCGUUCUCAGAAAGUUCUGUAGAUGUGGGAAAACAGACACUGGGAUUUGAAAUGGUCCUUAAUUGAAGAUGAAGAUGUCGCACUUCUUACUCCUAAAACUCCGCCCUCUGUUCCACUUUCCAGUUUGUUUCUCCCUGGACUCCACCUCCUCUUUGUUUACACUGUUUGAAGGAGAGUAUUUCUUACUAAGGUUUGGUAAAAUAUACCAAAGGUCCAAGUUUACAAUUCAGUUUACAUCCUAAAAAUACCUCAGGCUCUAACACUGAGUCACUAACAGUAUUUAUGUAUAUAUAUAUAUAUAUAUAUAUAUAUAUAUAUUCAUUAUUAGUUUUAAUACUUAAUAAUACCACAGCACUUGCAGCUAUUUAAACACUGUUUUAUACAUUUUACAAACAAUGGCUCAUGAGCAUGUAAUCCAGUGUUUUCACGAAUUCAGGAGUUUGCACAAGAUGUUUUGCACAGUUUUAAUAUACAUGUGAUUUUGUAACAGAUUAUUUCUCUAUAACUACAGUGUUUAGCAGACAGAACUUCAGUGGUCUGUUUAAAAAAUACCUCUCACUCAGUCACAGUGUUUUGUGUCUGAAAGUUUACUUGCUGUGUUUGUCACUGUUCACUAAUAUAAACAGUAUCAUAAAAGAUAAGAGUUUUAGAAAAAAAAUCUUGACAAAUGUUUAAAACAUAUAUAUAUAUAUUUGUUCACUUGUUUAUCACAACAGAUAUACAAUGCAACAUGGAAAUGCAUAAAUGCAAAUACAUUAAGAAUAAUAAAUUACAUAAUUAUUCAUAAGAAACCAUGUAUUGAAUGGCAACUGUAAGUAUUUAGUUUACAGUUGGAAAUAUAUGUAUGUAUGUUUUUAAAUGUGUAUACUCUAGCACAAAGGUUUCUUUUUGAAUGAUGUGUUUUUGAUUUUAUUUUUUGUCUGCAAUGUGAAAAAAAAAAUCAAAAACACAUACAAAGCACUGUACAUUUUAAAGCAUGAUUGAAUAAAAAUGUUUAUUUGCUUAAUUUAACAAAUUGCAUUUUCCUAUGCAAAAUUAAUAUAACAAAAUUUAAACAAAAGCCACACAAUGAAUUUUAAAUUAAAUAUAUAUACAUUAAGGACACAAUUCCUAUGUUUUAAAAUAAUUAUUUAGUGUAGAAAACCAAAAAACACACAUUUUGACCAGAGAUGCCUAAACAUUGGCUAAAAACUGUAUAUGUAAAGUAAAUAUAUGAUCAAGCUUUGUCUGUAAUAUUAUUCUGUAACCAGAAUUAUAAUGAAAAAUAAUAAUUAAUUAGCUUAUUCUUUAAUUAUCUUAAUUUAUGCACUUUAUCUCACACAUGAUCACUCCUGUGUAGCUUAUGAUUGUGUCCUUGUACAUUUUGUAUUCACUGUACUGAAGAUUAAAGGCAUAUCUUGUGCAGUUAUGCUGAUAA